CGGGACGCCAUGCUCGCGGCCGGGUACAGCGGUCCUGUCUUGCUGGGGUUGCUGCGCCUCUGGAGGCGGCGGGCAGGGCUCGGAACCAGCUCAUUCUUGCGAGGCCUUGGGCAAGCGCACUUCGAGGGAGCCCAGUCGCUGUGUUACGAGUCCUCGCCUAGGGACGCGCGAAAGGAAGAUCGAGAGCGCGAGGCGGCGCAAAGGAAAGCCGCAGGAGCAGAGUCUUCCCCCUCUCGCCCUCUGCACAUCCCGGGCUGUGGGACCAGAUGUUUUUCGUCACUGGAAAGCCUCAGACUGCCGACGCCGCAGGAAGCGUCAACUUCUCAAGAGCCCAAGGACUCGAGCGGAGACCAGUGCCAGUCCGGGCCGGCACACCUGGGAUCCGGUGGUCCCUCGCCGCCCGCCCUGGCCCAGUCCGCGACCGACGUCGACGAGCUUCACGUCUCCCCUUGCUGCUCACUUUCCAGAGAGGGCCCCUUUCAGCCUGGGGAGCUGAUUUUAGCGGAGACUGAAAAGAGAGAAACACAAUUUAAAAAAUUAUUUAGGUUGAGCAAUUCCGGAUACUUAAAUAAGAACUGGGGGGCAGUCCCGUUCAGCAAGAUUGUGGGGAAGUUCCCCGGCCAGAUACUGAUGAGUUCCUCCGGUAAGCACUUCAUGCUGAGGAGGCCGACAUUGGAAGACUAUGUGUUAUUGAUGAAAAGAGGGCCUGCCAUAACAUAUCCAAAGGAUAUGAAUAUGAUGCUGUUGAUGAUGAAUAUCAGCCCAGGUGAUACUGUUUUGGAAGCUGGCUCAGGCUCUGGUGGAAUGAGCUUAUUUUUAUCCAAAGCGGUUGGAUCACAAGGACGAGUCAUAAGUUUUGAAGUACGAAAAGACCAUCGUGAUCUGGCUAAGAAGAAUUACAAUCACUGGCGUGAUUCAUGGAACUUAAGUCAUGUAGAAGAGUGGCCUGACAAUGUGGAUUUUAUUCAUAAGGAUAUUUCAGAAGCAACUGAAGACAUAAAAUCUUCAACAUUUGAUGCAGUAGCUUUGGAUAUGUUAAAUCCUCAGGUUGCUUUGCCUGUCUUAUACCCAAAUCUUAAACAGGGUGGUGUAUGUGCUGUAUAUCUAGCAAACAUCACACAGGUUAUUCAACUUUUAGAUGGAAUUCGCAUCUGUGAACUUGCUCUUUCAUGUGAAAAGAUAAGCGAGGUCAUCAUCAGAGAUUGGUUAGUUUGCCUCGCAAAACAGAAAAAUGGAAUUUUACCUCAAAAAGUAGAACCUGAAAUCAACACAGAUUUACAAUUACGUUCUCAAAAGAAAAUUGGAGUUGAAGAAGAAUCACAUUCUGAUUUUCCAUAUGGAUCAUUUCCCUAUAUUGCUAGACCUAAACACUACCAAACUGGUCAUACAGCUUUUCUUGUCAAAUUGAGGAAGGUCAAACUGCAAUUUAACUGAGUACCCCAGAUGACAGCAACUGAUUUGAAGACGGAAAAAUUUCAACAUAGAACUUUGUAUUGCAAAUCACUACUUUCAUAGAUUGGUAUCUUUACCUAUUACUAUGAUUUGUAUAACUUUUACAUAUAAUUUUGAAAAAUAACAAAAGCUAAAGAAACAUGUGUAACAUUGUAAAACUGCUUAAAUGUCCAUUUUGACACUUGUCUUGCAGACAUUUUGUAGGUAAUGAUUCCAAGUUGCUUUAGCUGAGCCAUCUCAUUCUUCACUUCCUGUAAACCACUCCAUGGAUUUGUCUCGCUUCAUGAAAUUAGUAUUGUUUCCUUUGUUUGAUUGAUGGUCAUUGGCUACUGAAACAAAAUAUGCAUUUUAAGAUAAA